AUGGCGGCCACGCCGGCCCUGAGGGGCUUCGUGAGGACAGUGGAGAAACGGGACGGGUCGGUGCUGCGGCUGCAGCAGUACGGCUCCGGCGGCGUGGGCUGCGUGGUGUGGGACGCCGCCCUCGUCCUCGCCAAGUACCUGGAGACGCCGGGGUUCUGCGGCCGCGGGGCCCGCCCGCUCCGACGGAGGGCCGUGCUGGAGCUGGGCGCCGGCACGGGCGCCGUGGGGCUCAUGGCCGCCACGCUGGGGGCAAACGUUGUGGUCACGGAUCUCGAGGAGUUGCAGGACCUGCUGAAGAUGAACAUUGACAUGAACAAGCACCUUGUCACGGGCUCAGUUCAAGCCAAGGUACUGAAAUGGGGAGAAGAAGUGGCAGAAUUUACACCAGAUUAUAUACUGAUGGCAGACUGCAUAUACUACGAAGAGUCAUUGGAGCCACUGCUGAAGACCCUGAAAGAUCUUGCUGGGCCUGAAACCUGCAUCAUAUGUUGUUAUGAGCAACGAACCAUGGGGAAAAAUCCAGAAAUAGAGAAAAAGUAUUUUGAGCUUCUUCAGCUGGAUUUUGAUCUGGAAAAGAUUCCCCUGCAAAAACAUGAUGAAGAAUAUCGGAGUGAAGAUAUUCAUAUUUUACACAUCCAACGGAAAAAAAUGAAUUUGCCAUCAUGAACCCAUUUGACCGACUAAUUCAAGCCUAUGACAACUGGAUAAGCUAAUGGUGUGGAUAGAGCCUGGGAAUACAGUUUGGAAAGAAUUUUUUAUUGUUUUGUUUUGUUUUUUAAAAUAUCCGUGGAGACUGGAUUUGAUGAAUGAAACAAGCAGAAAAUUGGUUACCACAUAGAAUUCAAAGAAGUAGCAGUCAUUAUAUGCUAACAGUCCUGAAGGGAAGGGAGGCUCCUUAUACCAAACUGGGGAAGGAAGUCAAUCAGUCAUAUUUAUUGAGAACUUACUGUGUGCAGGGCACUGAACUAAGCGCCUGGGAGAGUACAAUAUUAAGUCUAACCUAUACUAUUGUUUUGCCCUACAUGAAAUCACAGAUUUGAGGGAGUGUUUCAGGUGGAUUACUCAAACAAAACAUAUACUGAGGUGAGAUAGAGUCCUGUAAAAAAGUACACAGUACAAUCAGACAGGGCAUAAAUUAGGAAACUAAAGAGCAUCUUACCAUGUUUUCCUAGGAGAAAUGUUUGUUUUGCUUGUUUGGUUGAUUUUUUUUUUUCCUGAUGAAGAUUUACACUAUAUUAAGUUUUGGAACACAAAAGAGAUCAAAUGCUUUAUAAUACCCUUGGGAAGGGUGAUGGUUGAAUAUUAUCCUCGUCUAGAAUGAAAUCUGAAAGGCUUGAGGAAGGAAGGAGAAAUAAUCCCUGAACCAGCAGCAUUCCAAGAAAAUAGUUAUUGGCACCUGAAUCCCAUCUUUUUAGUUAAACAUUUUUCUGCCGAUUCUGCUUUGGUGCCUCAAAUACCAAGUUGUGAGAAUUGUUUAAAGCUGAAGUCUUUUCUGAUUUCUUACUGACUUCGAGGGCAUAUAUUUGAAAAAGUGGAAGUUGUAUUAUUUACUGUCCAUCUGUAUAUAACUUUGUAAGUGUCCACCAACAUAAAAAUUAACCACUGCUAUUUCUUGCAACUUAGCUGUUUAUCACCUCCAAACAUGCCAGUGAAUGACUUAUUUUCCUAAAAAACACUCAUGGCAGUUUGUGGAUCAGGGACUCGUACUCAGGUAGUAACCAACAUAAAAAUUAACCACUGCUAUUUCUUGCAACUUAGCUGUUCUCUAUCACCUCCAAACAUGCCGGUGAAUGACUUAUUUUCCUAAAAAACACUCAUUGCAGUUUGUGGAUCAGGGACUCGUACCCAGGUAGUAAAUUUAUUCAUUAAUGACCAUUGUGAUGAUUUAUUGUUCAUUUUAAUGUUUGAAUUAUACAUAUUUUUCAGUAUUUAAAGUAGAACUUUUUCCCCCAUGUAAAUUCAGACCUCGAUUUAUAGGCCUCACUAAAUUAUCUUCAGAUAUGUGUGAAACUACAUAAAGUCUUCCCAAACACUGUCUAGUGCCGCUGCAGGCAAGUGAUCUCCUAAGCUAAUUAAUGGGAUUUUACUGAGCAAAUUAGCUGAGAGUUAAAAAGGACUUCAAUAAAUAGGCCUCUGUAAAUCUGGCCCUUCCCAGACCUUUCUGGGAACUGUACUUUGCCCCACUGUUAACCAGCAACUUACCUUGUUUUAGAAUUAGCAUUAAUAUAUCUGAGAAUGUAGGUUAGAGAAAAGAAAUGUAGGUUGCCUGAUUUGAACAUUCCUAUCAAUUCACAGCCUAGAAAACGCAAUUAGUUAUGAAAUUGUUUUCUUUUUUAAGCAAGGGCUUUUUAAAUUUAAGUAAGAUUCAUGUGGUGGCUUCUGUGGAAGUCCUUUUGAAAGUCGAGGUUUAAGUUUUCUUCGUGGUCUCCUAUACAGUCAGAGGUUAUGUGCUCUUCUGUCCACUCUCUGUCCUGUUGGAGAAGCUCUCUGCAAUAUUUCUCUUUUUCUUCAGCCUAAAAUCCCUCUUCUCAAUCCCUAAUAGCAACCCACAUGACAUCUUACAAAAGCAUCAAAGUAUGGCUCUCUUAAUUAUUAUAUAGAGUAGUCAGAUUUGAAGACCCCACUGGCAGUGAACUUCACCCAUGAGUGCUUAUGAGACUGAAAAGGUAAUUGCGGUCCCACAGUUUGGCCGCACCAACAACUGUCCCUUGUUGUAUUGUUGUAUUUGAUGUUUGCAGCACCUGAUGCUCUUUUCUCCGUUUCCUCCCUGUCCCUCCCUUACAGAGAUAUUGCUCAAAAGAGCCUCUCCCUUCAUGAUAGUAAGGAAAUAAUACUUUCCUUAGUUACUAAACCAUAAAAGCCACCUGUUGGUACCUUUGAAAAAUUCUCAUUAGUAAGUUUAAUGUUAGUUUGCUCCAUUUUUUCCCAGGUUUGUAUUGGCUGCGUACUUCUUUUUAACUUCAGUAAGCGGAAUGUCAAAAUACGUGAGUUUGAGAGUGACUAGCCAUUCACACUAGUGUUGGAUGAGUCAGACAUUUAAAUGUCCUUUUUGUCCAUCUUGUUCUCUUUUGUAAUUGAAUUUUACUCAUUUUCAGUGCUGUGUGAGGGUACUUUCUGCAUCAAGGCCAGAAUGGCUGUCCGCUGUUCCAUGUACCAACUCAGGAACAUAAUCUAGGGAGUACACAUCCCUAAUAGCAAAAGUAAAACGUUUUGUUUUGCUUCGAAUAUGUAACUUGCACUGCAUCUUGGCCACCCGUGUGCUUGGCAUUGUCUUCAUGUAGAAUGUGUGCUCUGAGUGAAACCUAGCACAUCCGAUAGACAAUGGCUCUCUCCCCACUGAAAACCUUAUUUGAAGGCACAUUUCCAAGAGGCCUAAGCCCUCCUGUCCUCUUCUCCCAUGCCUUGCUGCGUCCCCCUGACU